CAUCGCUGGUAGCUCAAGACUGAAAUCCUCAGAAUCGAAGUGAUUUAUAUCAAGGAUAUUACCAUCGGCAUCUUGAGCGAUAAUACGAACGGAACGACGUCGACUACGUGGAUCGUCGGAGUGUAGAAUACCUCAUAAAUGGUCCUUACUCGCCGUCAAGCUGUUUCAGCAUCUUCAACGCCUCCGCCCAACAUGCCUGAGACAACCCCUUUACUCCCAAAACCAGGGGAGACAUGCGAGGAUGGAGAGCGGAAGACAAUCUCCUACGAGGAGUCCCUGAUGCUGCUACCCUGGCAGACAGAUAAUGAUUAUAUUAGACAUGGGUAUAGAAGAGCGACACCCUCGAUUCGAAAGUGCUUAUGGAGUGCAGUAAGCUACCUUCACAACGAGACAGUAAACAUCCACUCCCAUUCUGUUGGUGCUGUCUUCUUUCUCUCGCUCCUCCCCCUUCACCUCAUCCCAACGCAUUUCCCCACCCUAAACCAGUCCUGCAGCCCAUUACCGACCCCGCCUACUCUACAUGACAAGGUCGCCCUGGCUCUAUACCUCAUUUGCGCUGUGUUAUGUUUGAGUUUGAGCAGCUGGUUUCAUACAGUCUCAUGCCAUUCAAAAGAGGUUUGCGAUGCAGCUCACCGUGGAGAUUAUAUAGGUAUUGUAGUAUUAAUUGUGGGGAGUAUCACCCCCGGUAUGUACUAUGCUUUCUAUGAGAAUGCCUUCCUUCAAGUUUUCUAUAUGGCUGGCAUCAUCAUUGCCGGUAUAGUAUCAGCUUAUAUCGUACUGUCCCCACACCAUCGUUCCCAUCGAUGGCACCGUACCCUCACAUUCAUAGUUCUAGGCCUCUCUGCUGUGGUACCCAUCACCCACAUCUUGUUCACCCAAGGUCUAGUCCAUGCGAGAGAAAAGAUGAGCCUUGACCUCAUUGUAGCAGGUGGGGCAAGCUACAUUUUUGGUGCAUUACUCUACGCGGCAAGAAUCCCCGAAAAGCUUUCCCCCGGCACUUUCGACUAUUUCGGAUCAUCCCAUCAAAUUUUUCACUGCUUUGUCUUGGCAGGCGCUGGUUUCCAAUACGCUGCGCUUAGAGGUAUGGUUUGGGGGAGGGCUAUGGCUGUUGGUAAGACUAUCGCCGAAUCGGAAGGACUUUUGUAGACUGUGGUAUAGAUGACGUAGAAUUGACAAAGUCUAGAUCUCUCGACAUGAUUAGCUGCAUUCUAUUUACAUAUAUGACUAUAUUGCACAACUUCGUACGCCCUU